AUGACAGCGUCUGUCUGUCUGAAAAGAAGAGAGUAGAGAGAGAAAAAAACAACCUUUUUCCCCCUCACUCUUACUCACUGAAUCUCUCCUUCCUUCUCGCUCUGUCCUGCGUGCUCCCCCCUUUCUCAAAAACAUGAAGGAAGAAAGAGAAGAAUCCGGCUGGACGAGUGUGGAGAAGGGAAAGUUUGAGGGCAGCUUUUAAAAGAAAACGAAAGAGAGAGAGGGAGGGAGACAAUAAUAUGCGGAUGGAAUGAAGAUAGGGUGCUUUAUAGCCAUUCAACGCAAUUAAGCGAGACAUACGGGCUGCGCACAAGAACGCAGUUACUUGACUCUUCUCAACGUGAGACUUUUAGAAUAAUUUUAGGAUAGAUGAAUACUCAAACCUCGACUAUUAAGACACAUUAUCGUAUUUACUAAGUCCUAGAGCAGCUUCAUGAGCUGCAAGUCACAGCUCAUCCCGGAAAAGGACUUAGCCCCGAGGACCAAGAGGCAGUGACUAGGGCAGGUCGUCGCACCCGGAGUUUAGGCGUUGCCACACGGCGUUGACCCGGAGCCAUGGCAGGGGCGAAGCCCGGAGUCCACGCUCUACAGCUCAAACCUGUGUCGGUUCACGACAUACUAAAACGGGGGAGCAAGUUUAUCAAAUGGGACGAGGAGCCCAACAGCGGUCACCCAACCCUCAUCACUCUGAAGGUGGACCCAGAUGGAUUCUUCCUUUACUGGACUGGUGGGGCCAACAUGGAGGUGGAGAUUCUGGAUAUCAGCCAGAUCAGAGACACCAGAACUGGGAAGUUUGCCAAACUACCAAAGGAUGCACGUGUCAGAGAGGUGCUGGGAUUGGGUACACCAGGCGAGGGCGGCGUUGCCGUGGAGGGCAAGCUGGUAACGGUCGUCCACGGCAACGAUCUGGUCAACGUAUCCUUCCUCAACUUCCAGGCCAUGCAGGAAGACACCGCCAAGGUGUGGACAGAGGAGCUCUUUAAACUAGCCACAAACAUUCUGUCCCAGAAUGCAUCUCGCAACACCUUCCUCCUCAAAGCAUACACCAAGUUAAAGUUGCAGGUGAAUCAAGAUGGAAAGAUUCCAGUGAAGAAGCAGAGGGCAUUAAGCCAGACGACUUUACUUGUGAUAUGUUCCAGAGCUUUCUCCACAGUCUCUGUCUCCGACCUGAGAUAGAGCGCAUCUUCGUAGAGCUUGGUUCUAAGGGGAAGCCCUUCCUCUCCCUGGAUCAGUUGACAGUUAUAAACCGUCGUCAGAGAGACUCUCGUCUCAACGAGGUGCUGUAUCCUCCGCUGAAGAGAGAGCAGAUCAGACAACUGAUGGAGAAAUACCAGAGCAAUGCCAGCCAGCUGGAGAGAGAUCAGAUCAGUCUGAUGGGGUUCAGCAGGUAUCUAGGAGGAGAGGAGAAUACCAUGGUCCCUCCAGAGAGACUGGACAUCAUAGAUGAUAUGAACCAGCCCCUGUCCCACUACUUUAUCAACUCUUCCCACAACACCUACCUCACAGUUGGUCAGCUGACAGGUCUGUCGUCGGUGGAGAUGUAUCGCCAGGUGUUACUGACUGGCUGUCGCUGUAUAGAGCUGGACUGCUGGAAGGGACGGCCGCAGGACGAGGAACCGUACAUCACGCACGGCUUCACCAUGACCACAGAGAUACCCUUCAAGGAGGUGAUUGAAGCGAUAGCAGAAAGUGCGUUCAAGGCCUCUCCCUAUCCCCUCAUCCUCUCCUUCGAAAACCAUGUUGACUCGGCGAAGCAGCAGGCCAAGAUGGCGGAGUAUUGUCAAAGUAUCUUUGGAGACGCCCUUCUCAUCGACCCUCUGGAGAAAUACCCGCUGAUCCCAGCACAGCCCUUACCGUCGCAGGAGCUGCUGGGUAAGAUCUUGAUCAAAAACAAGAAGAAGCACCACCACAGAGCGUCCACCAGGGGCAGUCUGAGGAGGAGGACCGGAGAGACGGACAGUCUGGGACAGGCUUCACCUCUUAACGACUGUCAUUUCAGUGACAGUGAUGGAGGCCAGCUGCUAUCCAAUGGGGAAGAGAGGCUGGCAGACAGGCUGGUUAAAGACGGAGAUCCUCGCAAAUCUAUUGGAGGGGAGGGAGAAAGUGAUGAGGAGGAGGAAGAGGAACCAGUGGCUGAACUGAAGAAACCGAACUCUGAUGAGGGUACUGCUAGUAGUGAGGUGAACGCAACAGAGGAGAUGUCUACUCUGGUCAACUACAUAGAACCUGUCAAGUUCAAGAGCUUUGAGGUCGCAAACAAGAGGAAUAAGUAUUUUGAGAUGUCUUCGUUCGUUGAGACUAAGGGUAUGGACACCCUGAAGAGUGCCCCCAUUGAGUUUGUUGAGUACAAUAAGAAGCAGCUGAGUCGUAUCUAUCCUAAGGGCACCAGGGUAGACAGUUCCAACUACAUGCCUCAACUCUUCUGGAACGUCGGCUGUCAGAUGGUGGCACUGAACUUCCAGACUACAUCUGUUGUUUUCUUGGGAUCUUUGAACGUGUGUGUGUGUGUGUGUGUGUGUGUGUGUGUGUGUGUAGGUUACCACUACAUCAGCCUGAAGAACGAGAUGAAUCAACCUCUGAUGCUGCCCUCCCUCCUGGUCUACACCGAGGCUCAAGACUACGUCCCUAAUGAACACCAGGAGUAUGCAGAAGCAUUGACAAACCCCAUGAAACAUUACAGUCUCCUGGUCCAGAGAGACAGACAGCUGGCGUCUCUAAUGGAGGACAACAGUGAGAGUGUUUUUGAGCAGCCAAAGGAGGGAGGGCCGGAUUUGGAAGGUGACGCCCCUCUUGUGAAGAUCUCCUCCCCCCUCCAUCCCGUCCCCGCCCCCAUCGAUGACAUCGUUGACCUCACCAGCUCACCUGGUCCAGUUUCAGGCCAGAAAGAGGAUCUUAUUGCAAUAGUCCUGACAAAUCUCCAGGCUCAGUCUAUUGAAGAGCUGAAACAGCAGAGGUCAUAUCUGAAGCUGUUUAACAAACAGUGUAAAGAACUCCAAGAGCUCCGUAAGAAACACCUGAAGAAGGUAUGGUCCCUGAGUAAAGAACAGAAGAGUCGCUUUAGCCAGCUCCACUCUGACACACAGAAACAACGCAGUCAGAUGGAGAAACACCUGAAAUCCAGGCAUGAAGAAGAAUCAGCAGAGCCGGUGCAGAGGCAGCUGACAGCGUUGGAGGCAGAGCUACAGAAACAGACAGUGCAGCUCAGGGAGUGGCAGAUGAGGAGCUUCUCAAACUACGACAAAGAACAACACUCACUGGAGAGAAAGAAGAGACACACACACCUACAAGAGCUGUCUCGGAAACUAGAGGAGACGGCCCAGGAAUGCCAGCCGGCUCAACUGAAAAACCUCAAGGACAUCUGUGCUAGAGAGAAGAAGGAGCUUCAGAAUCUAGACAGGAAGAGACAGAACAGCAUCACCGAGGCCAAGAGCAGAGACCGAGACAAGGCCGAGUCGGAACAGAAUGAGAUCAACAGGAAGCAUAUCUCAGACUCUGUCACUUUAAUCCGCCGGUUGGAUGAGGCCCAGUUAAGGCGUCAGGAGAAGUUGGUUGUUGGUCAGAGAGAAGUCCUACGGCACAUAGAGGAGGAGAAACCACUGCUGAAGGCCCAGUUGGAGCAGGACUUUGUGACGGAGCUCCAACGUCUACCUGAGGAGAUCUGCCAAUAUCUGCAGACGGUCCUGGAGUCCAAAGGUCUCUGCAGCGACGCCCUCUUUUCCUUAUCCAAUCAUAGCAGCCCCAGCUCCAGCUCAGGCACGCCCUCCAACUGCUCCACGCCCACUUUACCCUUAACGCCCAAUAGCAGCGCCUGGAAUAGGAGCCUAGACAAUGGCAUCGCCUCAGUGGUGGAUUCAUCCUCUUCCUCUACUCCUGUCCAAUCAGAGUUGACCAUGGUGUGAAUUUAAUUAUGUGUAUUUUAUCAUAAUGGUUCUUGGGCUUUAAUUGGUGGAAAAAACAUAUUUUUUCUUGUUUUCAUUUUUUUUAUUUGUUUUUAAUUGUAAUUUUAUUUUUUAUUCGAUUAAAUAUCUUAAGAUGUUGAUUUGUUCAAUUCUUCUAUCCAGGGUUUUAGAGGUAGAGACAAAAGUAAACCAAAGUUUUAAAAUAAAUUUUCUGUUAAUUCGUCA